UUCUCGAACUGAAAGAUAGCUGGAUUCAAACUCUCGUGCUCGCAUACGCCUUAACCACUCGAACUUGUAGAAAAAGCAGACGGAAGGUUUGCUAGCUUAUUGAUCAAUAGGCUUACGUCACAGUAAAGCUGUUGUGACAGAAAUCUAUUUUUGCGUGGCUAAAUAACUUCUAAUGGAUAUACACGUAUAAAUGGCAGCGCAUUUCAAAUACGUUACCAUAGAAGUGAAGGAAUUUACUCGUACUCUUCCCAUGAAUACACUACCGGGAUAUGAUUUCUAGCCUUAAAAUUUAGUUACUGAAGAAGUCUGAUUUACACAGCGGUCUUCAGUUAUUGCGAAGAUGCGAGAGGUUACAAAGUUGGCCCUUCGUUUACCAAGAGGAGAGAAGAAACAACGCGCGAUUUGCCAGUUAGAGAAGGAUUCUCAAGUAUUGUUCAGAAGUGAUGCCAGUAAAUAUCCCAGUUACACUCAGCUGAACUUACCAUAUCACUUGGUUUGCCGACAGCGUUACAUGAAGGUAAUUAAGAUGAGAAGAAGACAGUGCAAGGAAGACCUUCGCACUAUGGAAUUGAUGCAGUCCAAAGCACUAGAUGGCAUUAAAAUACAUCGUGUAUUUAGUGAAGGUUUCCAGCUUCCAGCAUCUCUCAAAAUAUCACAUUCUUUUACUCCUGAAGAACGUAGAUUGCAUGGACUGCUGGAAGAGGGGAGAAAACUGAAUUGAUAUGUGACAUUCGCAUCUUCACCCAAAACUCUGGUUACUGUGUGCUAGAGGCUUGCUGUUGAAACGUUCACACACUAGGCCUAUAUAAUACAAUCGCAUAAAACGUAAUCUAGCUACUUCAAUCUCAUAUUGUCAGUACAGAGUCUCAUUGAAAUUGUUUGAAAAUAAUUGUGCACACGUCUCUCUGCCAUUUUUCUCACUUUGCCAAAAUAUUUCCCUACAGAAUGUCCUAUGUACUGCAUAAAACAGACAAGCGCAACUAUAAACGUAGACAUAGACAGAAAGGAAAUAAAUGAAUAAGAUGUGUCACCUAAAAUCUCACAUUUUAUAUGCCAAUCACAGUUUCAUGCAACCAAUCCAGACCUCACAAACUUGGUCCAAGGCAAAACGAGUAUGGAAAAAAUUUAU